UGACGCUAUGUGUCUGCCUGCUGCGGAUAAUAAUGUUUGCGUUCGCGAGUGACGUAGACCACUAGCCCUUCUUCGGUCUUUCUGCGAGGCGCUUCAUCUUUUGUUUUCUGGUUUCGGUCAAAACGUCCUAAAUUUUCAUUUUUAUUACUUUUCUUUUUUCCUUGUUUGGAGCCCAAACAAUCCUGAAAAACUGAAGUGGCCUCAGUAAAGUUCGUUUUCCCCACCCCACCCUUUGAAAAUUAUUCUUUUGAAGAUUCUUCGUUGUCAAGCCGCCAAAGUGGAGAGUGUGAUUGCAGAAGGGGGUGCUUCUCGUUUCAGAAUUUUUGCACGACUGUCACACAAUCACACGACCAGCUGUUAACCUCACACUCUUGGACGUCAGGCCUGGGAUUCUCGAUCUGGACAGUAGCACUACCGCCCUGCAGGGCCUGAUGUACACUAAUUUAGAAUUAAAAUUGUCAGAUGCGGUCAGGCCCCUAAUUGACUGCAAACGGAGUGCUUCUUCGGGCGGUGGAGGAGGUAGGGGUGCACCUCAGCACUAUCCCAAGACUGUCGGCAACAGCGAGUACCUGGGGAAAGCCCCAGGGCCUAGCGUUCAGAGAUGGACUCCUUCACGAAGCACUAGACGAGAUGUCAACUCCUCCAAUGAUAAAGAACGACACGAUGCAAUCUUUAGGAAAGUCAGGGGCAUAUUAAACAAGCUCACCCCAGAAAAGUUUGACAAGCUAUGCCUUGAGCUCCUGAAUGUGGGCGUAGAUACUAAACUCGUCCUAAAAGCCAUCAUCUUGCUGAUUGUAGACAAAGCCCUUGAAGAGCCCAAGUAUAGCUCGCUAUAUGCUCAGCUAUGUCUGCGCUUGGCAGAAGAUGCACCAAACUUUGAUGGCCCAUCACCAGAGGUCCCGCCAGCUCAAAAGCAAAGCACGACAUUCAGGAGACUUUUAAUUUCUAAGCUUCAAGAUGAAUUCGAAAAUCGUACCAGAAAUGUUGAAAUCUAUGACAAACAUGACAACCCUCUCACAGCUGAUGAAGAGGAGCAGCGUGCGAUUGCCAAGAUCAAGAUGCUGGGCAACAUCAAAUUCAUUGGAGAACUUGGCAAACUUGAUCUUAUCCAUGAAUCUAUCCUUCAUAAGUGCAUCAAAACACUUUUGGAAAAGAAGAAGAGAGUACAACUUAAGGAUAUGGGAGAGGAUUUGGAGUGCCUCUGUCAGAUAAUGAGAACAGUGGGACCUAGAUUAGACCAUGAAAAAGCCAAGUCUUUAAUGGAUCAGUACUUUGCCCGUAUGAAAUCCUUAAUGACACACAAGGAAUUACCAGCAAGGAUUCGUUUCCUGCUGCAGGAUACUUUGGAAUUGCGAGAAAACAAUUGGGUUCCUCGCAAAGCUUUUAUUGAUAAUGGACCAAAGACGAUUAUCCAGAUUCGUCAGGAGGCAGUAAAGGAUUUGGGUGUUUUUAUUCCUGCAAAUAUGUCGCAAGGAAUGAGGACUGACUUCUUUCUGGAGGGACCGUUUAUGGCACCGAGGAUGAAACUUGAUAGAGAAACUCUUGGAGGACUUGCUGAUAUGUUUGGGCAGAUGCCAGGCAGUGGGAUUGGCACUGGUCCAGGAGUUAUUCAGGAUAGGUUUUCACCCACAAUGGGGCGUCAUCGUUCAAACCAACUUUUUAAUGGCCAUGGUGGACACAUUGUGCCUGCUCCUCAGUCCCAGUUUGAAAUGGGGGGGAAAUCUUUUAUGAAAUCAAACCAGGGGCAGAACCAGCAUUAUCAUGCCCAGAACCAGGGACAUCCCUCCCAGCAGCAAGCUCAGUGUAAGGACAUGCAGCCUCGGUUCAUAAAGAAAGGACAGCUGAAUGCAGAUGAGAUCAGUCUAAGACCUGCCCAGUCAUUCCUAAUUAAUAAAAAUCAAGUGCCAAAGUUGCAGCCACAGAUACCAACUAUGAUUCCUCCAAGUGCCCAACCUCCUCGAACACAGACACCACCACUGGGACAGCCACCUCAGCUUGGUCUCAAAACUAACCCACCUCCAAUCCAGGAGAAGCCUGCAAAGAAUAGCAAGAAACCUCCUGCAAAAGAAGAACUUUUUAAAAUGACUGAGACUAUUGUAACAGAGUACCUGAACAGUAAAAUUAUAAAUGAUGCCGUUAAUGGUGUGAGGGAGAUGAAAGCUCCAAAACACUUCCUGCCUGAGAUGUUGAGCAAGAUUAUUAUUUGUUCACUUGAUCGAUCUGACGAUGACAAAGAACAUGCAAGCACUCUGAUCCAUUCCCUCAGACAUGAGGGACUGAUCAGUGGAGAUAACUUCAUGCAGGCCUUCCUAAAUGUUCUGGACCAGUGUCCCAAGUUAGAGGUCGACAUCCCUCUUGUGAAGUCCUACUUGGCCCAGUUUGCAGCCCGUGCUAUUAUUGCUGAGCUUGUGAAUAUAGCUGAGUUGGCCCAGCCUCUGGAGAAUGGCACCCAUUUUCCCCUCUUCCUACUCUGUCUUCAGCAAACUGCCAAGUUGAAGGAUCGGGAGUGGCUCACUGACCUCUUCCAGCAAAGCAAGGUUAACAUGCAGAAGAUGCUGCCAGAGAUUGACCAGAAUAAGGAUCGUAUGUUGGAAAUUUUAGAUGGAAAAGGACUUGGUUUUCUGUUCCCGCUUCUUAAACUGGAGAAGGAAUUAUUGAAGCAAAUCAAGGCAGACCCAUCACCUCAGGCUAUCUAUAAGUGGAUCAAAGAUAACAUUUCACCCAAACUCCACACUGAUAAGGGUUUUGUCAAUAUACUGAUGACCAGCUUUUUGCAGUAUAUUUCCCAUGAGAUGUGUCUAUCUGAGAGAGAUGAGCAAUUAGACACUCCUUCAAAAGAGCAAUUGGAACAGGAGAAACAGCUGCUUCUUGUCUUCAAGCCAGUAAUGCAGAAGUUUCUGCAUGAUCAUGUAGAUCUGCAGGUCAGUGCACUGUAUGCACUACAAGUUCACUGCAGCAACAGCAGUUUUCCAAAAGGCAUGUUGCUACGCUAUUUUGUCCACUUCUACGACAUGGAGAUAAUCGAAGAAGAAGCCUUCCUUGCUUGGAAAGAAGAUAUUUCUCAAGAGUUUCCUGGAAAGGGCAAAGCAUUAUUCCAGGUGAACCAGUGGCUAACCUGGCUGGAAACUGCAGAGGAAGAAGAAUCUGAUGAUGAUGCUGAUUGAUGAACCAGCCAAAGCCUUAAACAGUGCAGAUAUACUAUUGCUAUGAUGUAACUUUUUUGUUUUUCAAUGUAACCACUGCACAAAUUCAUUCCUCUGUAAAGUUGUUUGCAGUAUUUAAAACGGAAACAUGGCAGUAGACUGGUUUCUGCCCCAAGGUUUUUUUUUGUUUUUUUUAGUGUAAUGUCUUAAACAUAGUGUACCAUCUAAGGUAUUAGAAAACCUUCAAUGUGUAGAACACUUUAUAAUGUAUUAGCAGCAUGCAAUAACUGCAUCUUAUGUUCUAUGUAGUGGCAGUAGAUUGCAAGGACCUAUUUUGCUGCCAUAUUCUACAUCAGCUUUCUGAGUUAACUGAAUAGCAACACUGUAGAAAUGCACUUUGCUCGGUGUAAUACUUGAGUCGUUGCAAUAUUCUGAUUUUUAUCCCUCGAUUGUAACAAAGAAUCCCAAACUAAUCAUUGGUUUGCUGCCGUAACAUUUUAAUUGGUUAUUGCCUGUAUUUCUACCUCCUAGUAAUGGGCUUUGUUAUGUGCUGGGUUUGAAUAUCCUCAAGUCCUAAAAACAAAAAAAGCCUGGGCAAGUGCACAAGUCUUUAAUGAAAACCUGGUUUACUUGCACAAUCAGAAUGUGAGAUUUAAGGGUAUUUUACUGAAGUGCUUGUUGUGGAUGUAUGGAAACCUUUGUUCGUGAGAAAUUCAACUUUUACAUUGGACCCCUUUUGUUAUAGUAUUGGAAAUUAAGCCUCCUUAAUUUAUCAAGUCGUGUUCACAUGCCCUGCUAUUUUUUUUAUACCUGUAUCUAUCAAACAUUGAUACUUGAAUUUUUUAUUAUUUUUUUCCUACUGCAUGUUCAGGGACUACUGAAAUAAAUCUGCCCAUAAAUUCAGAUGGACAGCUUAUAAUCUGACCUAGAAAGAUGUGUAUCUAAUAAAGUGAAUUUUAAACUUGUCUUAACUCAAUUGGUGAAAUAAAGUUAACUGUCGAGACUAACUGAUUUGGGUAUUGAUUUGUUCUCUUUUAUAAGCGGUUUGUCUGAAUUUGACAUCUUAGGGAUGUAGCUGGAUAUCAUUCUACCAGUAAACGUAAGUCUGUGCAUAUUUUCUACAUUUUAAUUAAAUUUUUUUGGUAAUUUAGAUCAUGAAAUAUGUUUGGGUAGAUGUUGUCCCUGAACAUAACAAAAUUUAAUGUGCUUUUUAAUAUACCUAAAUCUAUACAUUGACCUCCAAAUGUUAUCCUUUUUAAAGUGUUAUGGUAGGUUACAGGUAUUUGUAAAGAGAAAAUUGUGUACCACUAUUGCUUCACCUGCAGUAUAUAGUUAAACACUGUUAAUGGUAUUGCUGAAAUGACAAAUUAUAUUCUAAGCCAGUUUUCAUUUUUACUGUAUAAUGCUUAUUGGUACAAUAAUGUUAACAUUGUAUGUAAACUUUUAGAACUAAGUACUGGUGAGGUUUCGAAGAGGCUUUUUGGGGAACUGUCAUUUCAAUCUUAGCCAUAUGCUGUUACUUUCCUUAUACAAAACAAUUGCCAUUGCCUUUGUAUGUGUAACUGGCUGCUGUGGAAUUAAUAAAAUGCAAGAAAUACAUUCA